AUGACAGGGCCCCAGGCCCUCGCACUGCUGCUGCUGCUGCUGCUGCCCAUCCUGCUGGGCUGGGCCGGCGGCCACCCCGUCCCCAGGACGAAGAGCUUCCACAAGCUGCUGCUCAUCUCCUUCGACGGCUUCCGCUGGGACUAUGACCAGGACGUGGACACCCCCAACAUGGACCGCCUGGCCCAGGAGGGGGUCAAGGCCAAGUACCUCACGCCGCCCUUCGUGACCAUGACCUCCCCGUCCCACUUCACCACCAUCUCGGGUCGCUGGAUCGAAGAUCACGGAGUCAUUCACAACAUGAUGUUCAACACAGAGACACUCUGGAAGUACUCCUUCAAGACCACACAGAACAAGACUGAGUGGUGGGACAAUGGCGUUCUCCCCCUCUGGAUCACAGCCCAGAGACAGGGGAGGAAAACAGCGUCAUUCCACUAUCCUGGGGGAGGCGCCAAGUACCAAGGGGAGGCUGUCCAGCGGUCCCUGGUGGAGUCGUACACCCACCCCAAUGGCAACGAGACGGAGUGGAGACAGAACAUUGACAUCGUCAUGAACUGGUUCACCAAGGAAGACUUUGACUUCGUGACCCUGUACUAUGGAGAGCCGGAUAACGUGGGACACCUCUACGGACCUGACACAGAGAAGAGGAGGGCGAUGAUUCAGCAAAUCGACAGAACCAUCGGGUAUCUGUUGGAAGCCAUUGGGAGGCACAGCUUGACUGAGCACCUCAAUGUCAUCAUCACGUCAGACCACGGCAUGACCACCAUGAAAAAGAAACCCAACAUCACCGAGAUCCUCCUGAGCAACUACAUCAGCCUCAAGGACUUGGUCCAGUUUGACAUUGUGGACUAUGGUGGCUUUGGGAUGCUCCUGCCCAAACCGGGGCAAGAGGAAGCCGUUUACCAAGCACUGAAGAACGCUCAUCCUCACCUCAAUGUCUACAAGAAGGAGGAUUUUCCAGAACGCUUCCAUUUUGCCAAACAUGAGCGGGUCCUGCCGAUCGUGAUGUACGCCGACUCUGGUUAUAGCAUCAGCGGGCGAAUUAUACUAUAUUUCAACAAAGGAGAUCAUGGUUUUGAUAAUGUCUACAUGGACAUGAAGACUAUAUUCAGAGCUUUUGGGCCUGAUUUCAAGAAGAAUCACCUGGCUGAGCCUUUUGACAGCAUCCACAUCUACCCCCUCAUGUGUAAGCUCCUGGGGGUUACCCCUGAGCCCCACAAUGGCUCCCUGACAGUCACCCAGGAAAUGCUGGUAGACACUUACGACCAGCAAACAGGAGCAGAGAUGAAGAGGGCAUCUGCUCUCCAAAACACAGCAAUCGGUCUCACAGUUGUCACAGGAGUCCUUGUGGUUCUGUUUGUCGCUAGUGUGACAUUCACAGUCUUUUGUCGGAAAAAGAUGCAGAGAGCUGACCAAAACAGCACAAGUGAGCCAGUAUGCAUGACUGGGCUCUAA